AAGAAUUUCAUUGUAAAAACGAAGAAACAUUUUUUCCGUUUUAUCGUUUACGUACUUUACGAAAAUUUGUUAAAACGUUAUAGUGAAAUUAUUUAUACGGAAGUAAUUUCUUUUUAACGAAGAAACUAAAUCUCUUAUAUCCAAAAGAAAUUUUACUUGAUAUACGAAAAAGACAAUGCGCAUGUUGCGGCGAAUGUAAAAUUGUAGAACCCAACCUUACCCGACCAUCGUGACAGACGUCAAGUGCGGUUUUACUUCGUACUCUGUUAAAACUCGAAUGAUUCGUUUGUUUGGGAAAGGAAAUUCAAAACAGACAAUGGCGAAUCGUAAAAAGAUCGAUAGGUCUUCACGAUCAGUAUCAAAAAAUACAAGACAACUCACUACAGAUACAAUGUUUUCAUCAUCUUCGUCCUCUGACGAAGAUGAUCAGCUGUCUACAAGACGUGCUAGAAUUUUAACUCAGGAUCAUCUCAGUAGAAAUCGUGUAGUUGAAAAUAAUCAACAGACAGGUCAAGAUAUUUCACGUCGUGAAGAAAAUCCAUUUAGUUUUAAACACUUCUUGAGAAAUGAAUCUCAACCAAAUUAUUAUAAAACUGGUGCAAGACCGAAGAUUUAUUCUUCCUCUGCGACAAGUCCAAAUAAUCUUGAAAAAGAUAAUGGAGUUUAUUCUCGAAAUCCAACUGAAUUACCAGAUUUUGUACAAGAUCAUUUAGUCAUAGAACAAUGCUAUUUAAAUCAUGUAUCAGAUCAACAAAGUAUACCUGAUGUAGACAAUCUUCCAGAUUUUGCAUUAAACAGUGUAGAGCAAAGGCAAUCACGGCAUAGAAAUGAUUCAAAAAAGUCUCAGUCGCAACUUUUGCCUGAUAUUCCUUUUGAUCUUACUGGUUCAAUAGAUAAAGCUAUACCUCACGAGGAUUAUUUUCUUUCAAAUGCAACAUGUUCAAAUAACAUAAAUUUACCUAUAUUCGAUACAGUUGAUAAUAUUAUUGAUACCUCAGAAUCAGCUUCAGAUUCGGGAGAACCAGAAGUUAGUAAUAAUGUUGUUACAAGAGAUUGUACACCAACAAACGAUUCAAGUGUACCCAAAUUAUUACCAGAUUUCUUAAAUGAUGGACCAAUCCAUAGUAGAACAAAUCUUUCCAAUGACAUUGGAUCUAAUUCGCAAUCUAAUAUGGUAGAGUCAACAGAACGAAGGCUUUUAUUAGAGAAUGAUAGGUUGAGGCAAGAAUUGGACUCGGCUCGCAGAAAAAUUAAUGAAAAAUCAAUUAGAAUUCAAAUGUUGGAAGCAGAAUUGGCUUCUAGAAAAGAAGUAGAUUAUGAAGAGACUGCACAUCUCGAAAAAGCAGUGGAACAAGUUGAAGAUAAUUUAAAACGUAGUACGAGAAGAGCCCUCAGUGCAGAAAAUACUGUAACAUCAUUAAAAAAAGAAAUUAAAGCAUUAACGACAGAGCUAUCGUUACUGCGAUUGGAAAACAAGGAACUUAGAUCUGCCGUUGUUACAACGGAUAAGAACGAAGGCGGUAUGCCCUCGGAAAACGUAGAUAAAACCGUGCGAAGACUCGCUGGUGAAUUAAGAACUGCUGCUUCAACAGCUGAAAUCUCACUCAGACAAUUGAUGUCUGGAGUGGAGAAUCUAAGGGUACUUGCUUCUACCCUUGAAAAUGUGGACAGAAUAGAAGAUACGACCAAAGAUUUCUUACCCGAUUUGGAUGAAAACAAUGCUGCUGGCCCUGCACUCUGAACGAUCCCUACGCAUUCACAUUUCCAUAAUACAAAUCUAUCAUACCUCUCUUUUAUAUUCACCUCAACCAACGCUAAGUUCCUCGUGCUCUCGCAAUAGUGCCGAGCAUAUUUGCGCCGAUUGAUAAUUUAGAUUCGAUUGUGUAAUAUGUUAUUUAUGACGUGUUUGUUGUACUUUUGUAUUAGUUAAGAAUAGAUUCUAAAAUGCAUCUAACUUCGACACCCAGAGGUACAGGCGUACGACGAGUAAUGUUCUGUUUAAUAAUUCUCAUUGAUCUUUGAAUCAGAUAGUUGACAACUAUUAUAAAGAGGAUAUAUUUUAAAAGCUAUAUCCUUGAUAUACAGAUUACAAUUAAGUAAUUGCCACUAGGUGUUAAUUAAGGGAUAAGCAAACAGGUAUUAUAUUUUUCAUAUACAUAUUUUUGAGUACGACCAAAAUGACAGUAUAACGUACGUACCUCAUCGAUACAUACGUUGAAUCAUGCAACGCAAUUUUUAUGAAUAUUGUUUAAUAAAUACACGUCAAUCCAAGAGGAUUUCAGUAACAAUUAUGAUCGCUAAUGCUAUCAAAUAGAGCAUCAUAUCAUUGUGCAAUUGCUUUGAAUUUAAGUUAAAAGAAAAUAUAGUAAACUACUGGAAUCCUAAGAUCAAUGCGUGUAUUGCACCUCUGCAGCCUUACAACUUUGCAAAAUCAUUUUUUACACUAAAGGCAGAUGAUUUUAUUUUGACAAUAAAAAAAAAAAAGAAAAACAAAGUGCAUAUACUACACAAAUUUGGAUACCAAUAAACAGAAUUAUAUCUUAAGUAAA